GUCAAAGUUGGACCUCGGGAAGCGCGGGCGCACUAUAUUUUGGAAUGGAGGGAGUACGUACCUAGCAUCAUUGCACCACCUUCUCUUUGGAGCUGGCAAUCUGGUUUCUCAUCUCUGCCACAAAGAAAAGGAAGCUUCACACUCUGUCCCUACAACAAGGGAAGGGCUCAAGCUGGGCGCCUACAAAUAAUCUCCUGAGCACCUGUACAAACAUGGCGCAGUGUCUCUCCCCAUGGCAUGGACAACCAUACGUGUAAGUUCGAGCAGCCGGAACUAAUCCAAUAAGCAUACAUACAUCGAUUGACCACCGUUGCCAUGGCUGCUGCGUCCUUCGCUACCUACCUCGAGACGCCUAGAGAGCUCCGGGUGCUGGGGUUCCGGGCGCCGCCCCCGUCUCCGGUCACCGGCGUUCUAUCCAACGGUGGCUCUGGAUCCCCUGAGUACGGCGAGUGCCCCGACGGCAACGAAGAUGACGAGGUCGGCAGGUUCCUGCGUCGCUCCGCCAGGGUCCUGGUGCUGCGGCUGCCCGAGAGGGCCAUCCCACGGAAGAAGAAGAAGAAGAGUGAUAAGGCGGUGUGGGCUCCCCCAGUCAUCGACAUGCGCCUGCUGGCCUCGCUGGGUGGGCCGGCGGUGGAGGCUCUGAGGUCGGCGGCCGUCGCGCUUGGCUGCUUCCAGGUGGUUGGGCAUGGGGUCAAUGAGUGCUUGGUCUCAGCUGCGGCGGGGAGGGCGAGUUCGCCUACGCCGGAGGAGGCCGGUGGAGAAGAUGGUGAGGAGCUGUGGUGGUCACCGAGCGAAGGAGACCAGUUGAGGUGCCAACUUGCCCAUUUCAUUGGAAGGCAACUAAUCAAAGGACUCUAUAUGAUGCUAACCCCUGGUUUUGCUGUGUCCAGGAAGGGAGCAGACGAUCUGUUCACCCAGCUGGAGCAAACCGCAGCCAAACUCAUGGACGCCCUGCGGCGGGACAGCGUUGGCGCCACCGAUUCCCUGGCCGGAGCUGACACGAACCGCUCGCAACUCUGCAUCCGCACGCACCACCGCCGGCAGUGCGAUGGCGGCAGCGGCUCUGUUGGCCCCAUCACUAUCAGCGAGGACGACAUGCUCAGGAUGCUGAUCAAGAGCUCACGCCGCCCACGGGCUCUCGCUCUCCACCUCUGCCCCGGCGCCUCCACGUUCCACGUCUUCUCCCGGCAGCGGGGAUGGUCCAGGUUCCGCCCCCUCGGCGGCGCCGUCGUGGUCACCGUCGGAGACCAGCUUCAGGCAUGGAGCAGUGGACUCUACAAGAGCGUGGCCGGGAAACCGGCUUACAGCAACGACGAUCUCGGAGCAGACCGCGGCUGUGAUGUCGUCAUCUCGGCGGAGUACCUCCACUCCUGCUCUUCGGCUGGCAUGGAGAACGAGCCCCCGGACGCGGAUGCCGGGAAGAUCAUUCAGUUGAAUGUGCAGAUCAUUGUAGCAGCUUGCCUUGUACUCCUUUACGGCAAAAACAACAUAUUUGACAUGUGACCGAAAUUAAUUCACGAAAUAAACUGUCCUUAAAAAAAUUUCACACCUCCGACCCUAUCAUGUAGCGCCCGACAGCCAGGCGCCACACUGCACUGUGCAGCGUCUGAACGUAAGGCGCUACACACCUAACAAGCGUCGCACCUCGGACUGCCUGAAAAUUGCUAAGUUAGUAUGCAACGCCUAAAAGCUAGGCGUCACACUAUACAGUGUAACGCCUAGCAUCUAGGCGUUGCAUGUACCACCUACACGUUCGCCUUUCGCAACAGUUGCAUGCAUGUGCCUACGCCUCAUCACAUGUACACUGCUCCAUAGUCCAGUGGACCUUUGAUUGCACCGAUCGAUUGACCACCAGGCCAUGCAAAAGCGGAGGCCGAUUAACCAACACGGGUGGGUCGGACACAUGCAUGUGAGCGCGCUUGCAUCGGAGAAAUCACCAUGCACCCCGGCCGGCCUUACGUACGUGCGGGAACGUCAACCACACGAUCCAGCGGGCGUUUGACUGACCAGAUCGAUUGAUUACCAAGCCA